AAGACCUAGGCGCCGCCUAGGGAGAAGAAUGGAGAAGCCAUGGAGUGAAGAGUCCCAACACUAGUCUCCCAAGUCUUUGAGGUGAAAAAAUACGGUAAGUUGUUGUGUAAGGGAAGUUCAAUGACAGAUCUGAGGCCUUAAUCUAAAGCACUUUGUUUCUGGUUUAGUUUUGCCCAAGUUUGACGUGACCGUAAACGCACUGCAGACCUACAGCGUUGCAGUUAUGGGACUGAAAGUUGAGUCUUGUGCCAAAUAUACAUAUGGCCAACCUGUACCUGGUCAAGCCUUAGUGGAAGUGUGCCGUGAUCCAUUUCCAUACAGUCUGCUUCAUAAUUUGACCAGACAGUGCCUGACUCAAACCUCAAAGAUGAAUGCCACGGGCUGUGCCUCUCUUACUGUUGAUGUGUCAGUGUUUUUCAACACCAAAUUUGAAGACCAAAUGCAAGACGCAUUUCUUGUAAAUGUGAAUGUUACUAAGGAGGGAACAGAUGUAAUGGUGUCAAAAUCUGCAAUGGUGUCCUUUACAAACAAAGCUGUAUAUCUCUUGGAGGGGAGCAACUGGCCCAACAAACUGCUGUUGAAUCUAACUGGAAUACUGUGUGCGUACAUCUUAAAAAACCACACCAGACCCACUUUAUUGUGGACAUGGACCAUGUGAUUGUUCUGCCUGAACAAUCUGUAGCGGUUUAAGAUCCGCACCUCAACUUUCAUACAAAAUUUGGUCCUUCGAGCUGGAGCAGACAGCUACUACAGCAUUACCAUGUCUAGAACAGAAAGACAGGCUACGUCAGUGCCACCAGUGGUUCGACCACGUCGACAGGUCAUCCCACCAAGAUACUUAGAUGACUUCUAUGUUGAUUACACAGUGCCACAUCAGUUACUUCAUUCUGAUGAACAGCCUACAAAUGGUUCCACUGGAUCUGAGCCAGGUAAAAGGCCUGAAUUUAAAGAGUUCACAUGUAUUGAAAGCGGACCAGAACUAAUGAAAAGUAUGAGCACUGGAUCAAGUGAAAGGAGUUCGUAUGUGGAGACAUAACAAGAUUUGUAGCCAUCACCGCCACGGCCAAUGCCCCGUACUCUGACUUCUCCAAGGCGAAUGAUUUAUGCAGGUCAGAGAGUUCUCUCCUCAAGUCCAUAUACAGCAGCCAGCUGCAGCUGCCUAGAGAGAUGAUCCUUCUCAGCCCAUGAGAGCAC